CAAUAAUAAUGCAGCACAGACCAGCUAGCAGCCAGAGCUGGAUACACCCCACCGAACUGGUUCCACAGCCAACAGCACAGCAACGGCUAUGUAAUCACGCUUUUGCCCAAAGCGGCAUGUCGGCCUCGGAGAUUUUGGUGAAGUUCGUUGUCUUCGUAUGAUGCAUUGGGGGUCAGUUGGGACUGAUGCAACUCCAUAUACUCGAUAUACUCGGUUGAGUCUUUGAGCUCUACUCUCUCCGCAAUGUCUGUACAAUAGCAAUCUGUAAACACACUCAAAUUCGUCGAGCAAUGCGCACAAUACCUUUGUGAAAGCCAGAGAACGCGCAGCCAGCAAACAGAAUGAAACCCCGAAAGUUGCCCUCAUGGCGGCCGCUCGAGCAACAGGUGAAACGACAAGCUUCAAGCCUCCCGUCUCCCUGCCCCAGAUCCGCACGACCACAGCCUCCAACGUCAACUUUAUAUCGAUGUCCAUCGCCCGCUGUAGCCCGGACCCAGCCGUCCCUCCCCUCGAUCCGCUCCUACUCGUCCGUUCCCGCAUCACAACUCCUCUUCGGUCAACCUGUUCACGAAACACACCCUCACCUCCUCCAAGCCGGCGAACUCACCCCAGGUAUAACGGCGCAAGAGUACCACGACCGCCGUUCCCGUCUCCUCUCCUCGCUGCCCCCAAAUUCGGCCGUUUUACUUCCCUCCGCCUCCGUCCAAUACCGCUCCGGUGCCGUCUUCCACGCCUUCCGACAGGAAACAGGCUUCCUCUACCUGACGGGCUUCAGUGAGCCCGAGUCCCUAGCCCUGUUGGUCAAGACGGGCCCCGAAGAAGGCGACUUCACAUUUUACCUAUGGUGCCGGCCGAAGGACCCCAAAGCCGAGCAAUGGCAUGGCCCGUGGAGCGGCAUCGAUGCCGCGCGGGAUGUGUGGAAUGCAGACGAGGCAUUGGACUUCGCGCGGGUUGAACAAGGCUUGGUCGAAGCUUUAAAGGGCGUGAGCAAGAUCUACACGGACGGCGAGUUGUCCAAGUACGGUGUGCCGACUAAGAUCGGCAACAUGCUGAGGCAAGUCGCGCCAGGCAUCAGCAUAGCGCCCCUCAGACCAGUUCUGAAUACCAUCCGGGCCCUUAAAUCGCCGGCUGAGAUAGCGUGUAUGCGCAAAGCUGGCCAGGCUUCGGGCCGCGCAUUAACCAACGCUAUGCGUCGGGGCUGGAAGUACGAAAAGGAUAUCGCUGCUUUCCUGGACUACGAGUACCACCAGGCCGGACUCGACGGGCCGGCUUAUAUCCCAGUCAUUGCGGGCGGGCCGAAAGCGUCGCUCAUUCAUUACACGCUGAAUAAUGGCUCGCUACGGGACGACGAGUUGAUAUUAGUCGAUGCAGGCGGCGAAUACGGCACGUACAUCACGGAUAUCACGCGAACCUGGCCAGCAAGUGGCAAGUUCUCCCCAGCGCAAAGGGACCUCUACGAAGCGGUGCUUAAAGCGCAACGCUCCAGUGUGUCGCUCUGCCGUGCGAGUGCCAACGUCACCCUCGACAAGCUCCACAGCAUCACCGAAACCACGCUCCGGGACCAGCUGCAGAGACUCGGCUUCGAGGUCGGUGGCAAUGCUAUGGAUCUGCUUUUCCCGCAUCACGUGGGACACUACAUCGGACUCGACGUGCAUGAUGUGCCAGGUUACUCGCGGGGGAUCACGCUGCGGGAGGGCCAUUGUGUUACGGUCGAGCCGGGGAUUUACGUGCCCGAUGAUGAGAGGUUUCCAAAGCACUUCAGAGGGCUGGGUGUUCGCAUUGAGGAUAGUAUUGCCGUGGGUGAUGAUAAUCCGUUUACUUUGACGACCGAAGCUGUGAAGGAGGUUGUUGACAUCGAAGCCUUGAGGGACUGAGAACGGGCGGACGUGUGUUAAAAGCCACGGGAAGUUGUGACUCGAUGUGGCAUAUGAGAGCUGUACAGCAUCAGCACUGGCAUUGGCAUAGCUAUCAGGUAGAUGUGGAUUAAAAUAUGGCGACGUCAAAGCUCAGAGAGAGUAAUAUACCGAGCUAUUCGUCGUCGGUGGCUUGUCGAACCAGUAGCUCCACGGGAUGUUGUAAAUAGAAUCAAUUCAUUAUAACCUGUGGCAUCUCAUAUUCCCUGUCACCUGUC